AAAAAAGUUACCAAUAAAGUGAACCGGCAUAACCGGCAUAAAUAAAAUCGGCCUAGUAUUCAGAGAAACUCAGAAAGCUCCGACGCGAGCGGCCCAAACGCCCCAAUUGGAGAAAGCAAGGAAAAAUCGCGAUCGGCUUCUUCAGCCACACCGCCACACACUGUGGCCAUCAGAUCGCCGAAAUCUAAAUUCCCGGGUAAAAGAGCACUCGAUCUAGUGUAAAGAGCAAACCAUGAAUGUCAUCUGAUGAAUGAGCACCCGAUCUUGAGAAUUUGGCUUUCAAAAUCAUACAUUGUUAUAGCUUAUCCAGAUAUGUGGUCUCGUGGGAUGUCUUUGUGAUAAAUUUGUUUGAAUCUAUGCAUUUUGCAGUUGAGUGUGUUAGCUCCAUGAUGGAAACUUUCCAGACAAAUGUGGAUGUAUAGAUUCAGACUUCAGUCAUUGAAGAGUCAUGAAGACGAAAGCAGCGUGGGAGCCUGAAUACCACAGAGUGUUCGUGGAGUUAUGCGUGGAGCAGAGGCUGCUGGGGAAUAAACCUGGGACGCAGCAUCUAUUGGAACCAUUUCAACAGAGAACCGGCGCGAGGUUUAACAAAAAGCAGCUUAAGAAUCACUGGGACACAAUGUGCAAGCAGUGGAAGAUAUGGCGUAGGCUUGUUCACUGCAGUGAUAUGAAAUGGGAUCCUGAGAGUAACAUCUUCGAUGCCAGUGAUGAAGACUGGGCCAACUAUUUACAGGGGAAUCCUGAUGCUGCUCCGUAUAGGGUGAAUCCUCCACUGUAUCUCAAGAAACUAGAGGUUAUCUUUGAAGGAAGUAACGUAGAUGGUAGAGACGAUGAAGCUGGUUCUGGUAAAUGCAAGAGGAAGCGAAGAAGCAGGCACCAUGAAGAAGAAGCUGAAACUGGAGAUGAUGAUUUGCAGAUCGCGUCUAAUUUCUCGGCUCAUGAUAUGCAAAUGGCGUCUAACUUCUCGACUCCUCAGUCGAAAGGGUACUGGUCACCGGCCACGCACGAGCUGUUUGUCGACCUGUUGGUCCAGGAGACUUACAAAGGGAACAGGCCUGACACACAUUACCCCAAGGAGAGCUGGAGAAUGAUGCUUGAGACGAUCAACCAAAACACUGGCAAAAGUUACACGAGAGCGCAGCUGAAAAACCACUGGGACUGUACGAGGAAAGCUUGGAAGAUCUGGUGUCAAGUUAUUGGUGCUCCUAUCAUGAAAUGGGAUCCAGAUACUCGUACUUUCGGCGCAACAGAUGAGGACUGGAGAAUCUUUUUAAAGGACAAUCCUAGAGCUGCACAGUUCAGAAGGAAACACGUUCCUUGCGCGGAGAAACUAGCAAUCAUCUUCGAAGGAGUUAUUGAACCUGGAAAAGCCGAUUUCCGUCCUUACCGCAAGAAACUGCGCGACCAUUCAGAAUCACCACAGCUACAUGACCCAACUCCAUUAUCAACACUCUACAUAAACGAGCCAGUCACAGGGAGUGAAGACGGAGAUGAUGAUGAUGAUGAAAACGACGAUGAAGAUGAUGUUGAGCCUUCUCAUGCUCCGCAUCGCAGGAGAUUUAACCGCGUUGGCUUUGCAGAGUCUCGGUUACAAGAUGUUGAGAUUGAAACUCCGGUAUGUACCCGGUUCGAGGCAGAGAGGAUAAGAGAGGGUCCAGUGGCAUCGGCUAAGCAGUGCGAGUAUACUAUUGGGGAAUGCAUCGAGCGUUUGGACUCCAUGGAAGAGGUUGAGGAAGGCAGUGAUCUUUACUUGUUUGCGUUGGAUUUGUUUCUGAGGAAAGAUUACAGAGAGAUCUUCUUGCAGCUGAAGAAAUCAAGUUUGAGAAUCUCUUGGUUGCUCAGACUUCAAGCAGGUCGUCCUACCGUUGCUGCCUAAGAUCCUCGUUUUUUUACUGUCAACCUUCCCCUGCUUAUGUGUGGUUACGCAAAAACCCUUUAUGUCUCUUUAUUUUCAGAGUAAAACAGCUUAUUUUGCUUGUUGGUAAUAUCUAAUAUUGUAAGGUAACCUAGAACAAAUGCAUACAGUUUGAGAUAUUAUAUAAUUAAGCUUUGUCUCCAAUUUAUUAGUUUUUGAGAAUCUGAGUA